AUGUACCAUAUGCUGAAUGUACAAAGUACUAUGCUCCAUACAUCAUCAUUCAAGCAUCUAAUACCAUCACCAUUUCCGAAUUCUACUAUUUCAGAUAACGACAAAGAUUCUUACACAACAAUGUCAACAACUGCAGUAAUUGCGUCAACCAUAUUAAUCCUUGCAACGUUGAUGUCAAGCAUUGAAAGUCAUGGCUACGUGCUUAUUCCUCAGACGCAGUUCAAAGGCCUCCCCGGUAAUGAGGCUUGGAUUGUUCAAAUUGAUCCGCUUUGGAAAAGUUCAGAUUGGAAUGGCAAUACUGAACAAAGUGUCAAGGCAUAUCAAAGUCUGAAGGCUGCCAACAAUUUCAAGGACUUGAAGACUCUCAUGGAAACGCAUGCCCUCGGGCCUGAGUGUGGCUUCAGUGAUCCUAAAGGCAAGCCUCAGCCCAUUCCCAAAGAUGGCAAAGCCACCUUGUCGCGUGCCAUAGUUCACAGGGGUCCAUGUGAGAUGUGGCUUGACAACAAAAAAGUGCUAUACGAAGAUGAUUGCUAUGCCAAAUACGGGAAUGAAGAUGCAAAAAUUAAAUCGGUGCUCCCUGUGGACUAUUCAUCGUGUGCCAAUGGAGGCUGUAAGGAGAUGCGUUUCUACUGGCUGGCGUUCCAAGGCAUAAAGGGCAUAACCUUCUGGCAGUCCUACAAAAAUUGCAUUCCUCUUCAAGGUUCAGGUGGUGGCGUAACUGAGGGUUUUGGUGAUGCUGAACAAUCAUCCGACAACAACCCUGAACAAAUAACACCAGAGAAUAAGCCAGAAACGACUCCAGAUGAUAAGGCAGAAAAGAAUCAAGAUGAUAAGGCAGAAAAGAAUCAAGAUGAUAAGGCAGAGAAGAAUCAAGAUGAUAAGGCAGAAAAGAAUCAAGAUGAUAAGGCAGAAAAGAAUCAAGAUGAGAAGGCAGAAAAGAAUUCAGAUGAUAAGGCAGAAAAGAAUUCAGAUGAUAAGGCAGAAAAGAAUUCAGAUGAUAAGGCAGAGAAGAAUCCAGCGGAUAAGCCAGAAACGACUCCAGAGCAUAAGCAAGAAAAGACUCCUGAGGUCACCCCAGCCCCAUCGUCAAAAUGCAGAGGCCGAAAACUUCGUAACUAA